AUGAAAGCGUUAGAAACCCUUGAAGAGAAUGUAGAGUACAACUGGAAAGAAGUAAAGCUGCCAUCAUUUAUUCCUGUGGUACCAAAACCUGAACUUGAUAGAGAAACAGGAGAAAGAAGGAGAGGCAGAGACAUUCUUGUAGCCAUUGAUCAUGGGCGUAAAAGCAAACAUGCAUUUGAUUGGGCCUUGAUCCAUCUUUGCCGCCUGGCUGACACCAUUCAUCUUGUACAUGCCAUUCCAGAUUUGAAAAAUAGACUUCUUUAUGAAGCAACUGAAGGGCUCCUAGAGAAGCUUGCCAUCGAGGCAUUGCAGGUGGCAAUGGUGAAAACUGCAGCUCGGAUUGUAGAAGGGGAUCCAGGUAAAGUAAUUUGCCGGGAAGCAGACAGGUUAAGGCCAGCAGCUGUGGUCAUGGGCACUAGAGGCUUUGGCUUAUUCCAAAGUUUGCUGCAGGGAAGUGUGGGAGAGUAUUGCUUCCACAACUGUAAAGUGCCUGUUAUAAUUGUUCCUGGAAAAGGUCCACCCAUUUCACUAUUCUAUAUGGCUCGAAAACGAAUUCAGCAUGAGGCUCGUGAUAACCCAAGAACAAGAGGAUGCAGUGAAGAUGUACGCAGCCUCGUGGUCGUGGGAGCUGAGAAGGUCCACCAGUAG